CGACUGUGAAAGGUCCGAUUCAAUUUCAAACCCAGAGCGGCGUGCAAGUUGCGCGCGUAGAGACCGGUGAACUUGCGCCGUCAAGACAUCGAUACACCAUGGGGUGGAGCGAGCGCCUUGGACCGCGAUGGACAGAGUCGGAAGUGAAGGACUUCUUUGCGCUGUGGCGGCAACACUACACUAAAUCCGUUUCCCUUGAUCGCGUUGUUGCGGCAGUGUCGACAGAGCUACCGCAACGGACGCCAGACAUGGUGCGCGCGCUGAUUCAAAUGCACAAAGGGUUCUUGUCUUUGCCCAUGGCCACCGACGAAGGAUUGUUUGCCAUUCUCACAGAUCACUACGAAGCGCAAGCGGCGUGGGAAUCCGAGGCAGCAGAGCAACAGAAAGCUAUGGUAGCAUCGCCGUCCCGCCGAAAGGUGUCACGUCGGCACAACGCUGCCCUCUCACGGGAACUGCGGUCAUUCUCCGCUACUAUCGACAACGAAUUCUUUGCCCACAGCGAGUUCCACGACUGUUUGGUGCAGAUGAACAUGGGUCAUUUCCAGCACGCCAAGCGGACAGAAUGGUCAGCGAUUCGCGGGUCCAUGGGUCACCCGCGCCGCUUCAGCGCUACAUUUCUCAACGAGGAACGGCAGAAGCUGCUCCGGUACCGCAACGUCGUGAGAUACGCCCAGCGCAUGAACGAAUUUCCCGUGGAUAUUCGAUUUCCAUACAAGAUUUAUAGUCCCCUGAGCGUCGGCGCACCGGUGCGAGUGCUCCACCCGAAGACCCAUCAAACCUGCGUCGGCGUGGUGUGUGCUGUGCACAUUCUCGACAACGCGUACGAGGUCAUGGUGACGUAUACCGACCACAAGGAAAUACUUCGGUGCCCAGACACGUCUGUCAUGCUGCGCCAACACGUCAGCAACGACGCGAACAACGCCACGAUGGCAACGUACCAUCGGCCUUCCCUUUUAUACUGGCAACAAGCCCCUCCACCAGUGCCAAACGAGGUGUCGCCGCUUCCUUCGGGAUCCCAACGUGAACCUGCUCCAGCCGAGUCUGAUGCGUGCCUCGCCAUGUGUGCGGUCACAGCGCUCCUACAUCGAAAGGAACAGCUUCUGAUGCAUCUCAGUCGCAUGAACGACAAGGCGGCUAGCAUGUCAUCUGCGCUCGCACCCGUGACCCUCGUGUCUGGUAACGACAUUGUGCAAUUUCAAUCUCAGUACGCAUGGGUGCUUGUCAACUUGGACAUGACGAACCACAUGCUGACGACGGCGCUGUAUCGGAUGCAGCUGAGUGACCAUCACGAGGAUCUGUCGGCCGACCCUACGCCGUACCCGCUUUUCCAAGGCACAGACGGUGCCGACGCCGCGCUCAACAUCCAGCAACUCGAGUGGGCACACCAGUACAUACAUGCUGCGCACGAACGGUCCCGUGACCUCGUGGCAAGCACGAUUCGUCGGCUCACAGUCGACGAACGAUGCAACGACUCGAUUCAAGUGCCGCAACUCACCACGUCCGAGCUCAUCAUGAGCUGCAUGGACCUCGUCUUAACGUUACAGUGCGCCGUGGUCAAGAUGACAACCGGCGACCAAAUGCCGUUGUCGGCGAUGGUCGUACACAAGUUGCUGGACCGGAACCUCGAACUGCUCAAGCCACGUGCCCAAGCAAACAUGAGCUUGUACCACGAGAUCGUCCAGUCCGUCCAAGUACUCAAGAGUGUGCUGUUGGCGCACCAUUAGCACGAGCCAUCGCAGUCAGUGCCAUAGGUUGAAUGACUGGUAUACGAAGGGACUUGACAAGAGUUGUGUGAACAAAUGAACCUUAUGAAACGAGGCGCUGGUGCGCCUUACUUGCGAAAA